AUGUAUCUGUGUUGGAGUUUACUGUCAUGCGGUCUCGGUAAAAGAGCGCUGUCUGCAUUGAAUCUCGGACAUCGGGUAGAGGAGUUUUCGGUGGAAAACGAACCCAUUUACGGCUACUUGGCCGGGAGUGAUGAGCGGAAGAAAUUGGAGGCCGCCUUGAACAAAUGGAGAGAUCAGACGACUGAUAUUCCGAUCAUCAUCGGCGGCGAGGAGUUCAGAACAGAAGACAUUCGGACUCAUACAGCUCCUUUCGAUCACUCCAAGACUGUUGCGAGGUUUUACUGGGCAGACGAGAAGCUCAUCCGGGAUGCAAUCGAUAGUAGUCUUAAGAUUCGCCGAGAUUGGGAGAGUUUCCCGCUCGGCGAAAAAAUCAAAAUCUUCCUCAAGGCGGCCGAUCUCAUAGCGAACAAAUAUCGUUACGACCUCAACGCUGUCACCAUGCUAGGUCAAGGCAAAACGGUGUUCCAAGCCGAGAUCGACGCUGCCGCCGAGCUCGCCGACUUCCUAAGAUUCAAUGCGUACUUCUGCAAGGAGCUGGUCAAAUAUCAGCCAAUCAGUCCUGAUGCUACGAUCACGCUGAACCAGUACAGGCAGCGGGGAAUCGAGAUGGGGAGCUCCAAAGCCUGA